AGCAGUGCACAUCUACCCACGGCACGAGCCUCUUUCAAAGCAGUAAAAUUCAGCCAUCACAAGCUCCGUCCGCGUUUUGGGUUCCUUUUUUUCAUGUACUCCUCGCCAUUUUAAUCCAAUUUUAAUUUGACGUUUGUGUGUGUAUUUUUUUCUUUGGGAGUGCAGCUUUCAUUCUCCACUGAGCCUUUUCAAUGUAUAAAAUGGAGUAUUCUUACCUCAAUUCCUCUGCCUACGAGUCCUGUAUGGCCGGAAUGGACACAUCGAGCCUGGCGUCAGCCUAUGCGGACUUCAGCUCUUGCAGCCAAGCCAGUGGCUUUCAGUACAACCCCAUCAGGACGACAUUUGGGGCAACCUCCGGGUGUCCUUCGCUUACACCGGGCUCCUGUAGUCUGGGCACCCUGCGGGACCACCAGAGCAGUCCGUACGCCGCAGUUCCCUACAAGCUUUUCACAGACCACGGAGGUUUGAACGAGAAACGGAAGCAGAGACGCAUUCGGACAACAUUCACCAGCGCUCAGCUGAAAGAGCUGGAGCGUGUUUUUGCUGAAACUCACUACCCAGACAUUUACACACGAGAGGAACUCGCAUUAAAGAUUGAUCUUACAGAGGCUCGAGUACAGGUGUGGUUCCAGAACAGGCGAGCCAAAUUUCGCAAACAAGAGCGCGCCGCUGCCGCAGCAGCUGCAGCAGCAAAGAACGGAUCUGGGAAGAAAGCAGACUCUCGAGAAGAGGACAGCAAAGAGGCAAAAGCUACUGAUCCCGAUAGCACUGGUGGUCCCGGGCCUAACCCAAACCCUUCUUCUAACUGUAGUGGACCUAGUCCCACCGGAGGACAGGUCAGCGCCACAGGGAACGGGCCGAUUGAACAAGUGAAGACGUCAGUGGCUGGUAUGGGGGGCACUGCGUCAAGUCAAGGUUGGGCUUCAGCCCCCGGCACCAUCACCUCCAUUCCGGACUCUCUGGGCGGACCGUUCGCUAGUGUACUUUCUUCGUUACAAAGACAGAACGUAGCCAAAGCCACGUUAGUAAAGACCAGCAUGUUCUAAGUUAGUGUUUGAUGCAGACAACACAGAGACGGCAGUGAUAUUCAGCAAACAAACUCGAGUUUACUCCAGUGACUGAUACCAUUAAAAAAGAGAAGUGAAUGCCAAAAGAAGGACUCGCUGUUGAGAAAAAACAUUCUUGUCGCCAACUGACUACUUUCGAUGCCAUUGGUUUACACCAAAAGCUGGAUAAUAGUAUCAUGCACAUUAUGCUAUCAUUCUGACUUUAACCGGACAUUUUCGUUAUGGCUGUGGUCAACUAUCAUGUUUAUGUAAAUGUACCAAUAGACUGCAAGGCGCGCGUCAUCUGCAAAUAACAUUUACGAAGGACUCAUGACAAUACAAUGUCAUUAUACACGUCAUUAUAUCUUGGCGCCAUACUUAUUUGUUUACAUUGACUCUAACCGUACCAAUAGCGUAAGUUACAUGUCUGCAUCACAGAAUACUGCCAAAUGAGGCAUCUGUUAUAUAUUUUUACCUAUAAAUUUACCAGGCCUUAGAGCCAGAGGCUCUGCGAAAUUUCAUCUACAUAUUUACUAUUAAUCUAAGGCGAAUUGUUCUUCAAAACGGCACAAGUACAUACUUCACUGUUGACAGGAAUACGUAAACGUUUUGUGUGUCUUUCUACAGCUGUGUUUUUGUGGCUCAAAUUGUAUAGUGUUAAAGCGUAUUGACGUCUAGAUAAGCAUUAGACCACAUCCCCCUUGUAGUUCAGCGAGUCGUUAUAAUGUUUUACAAGUUACAACUGGCGCAUUCGUUUAAGGGAAUGGAUGCAAAACAUUGUAUUUAUUUUCUAUAUUAUUUGCAUGUUGUCUUCUCCGUCCAAUUUUAUAAUGAGUUCACCUAUUUUGUGAGCAUAAUGUAACGUUUUUUGUCCAGGAUUUGAGAAUUAUUUAUAUGUAGGUAAUGGAUGCUUAUAUUUAAGAAGGAAAUAUUUCUACAUGUGCACAUA